UCGACGGUUGUUGCGGGCUGUUCUCAACUCCUUGGGAAGCAGGAGAGAGAGAGAGAGCGGGCGAGAGACGGUGGCGGCGAAGGGCCAUGAUUAGUUUGUUCGCGGCCGCCCGAAAUGGGCUUUUGGGCACCUGCGGCGUUGCCCUUUCUCGGGGCGUCCAGACAGGGAUCCAGAGGCUGCAGGAGUUAGCGGAGGAUUCAGCCACUGCCCCGGUUGAGGAGGCAGAGGCUAUAAACAAGAGCAACUUCAGCUUUUACCCGCCAGCACCAGGAAGAGAGAGCUCUCUGAGGUGGGCUGGAAAGAAAUUUGAAGAGAUCCCAAUAGUCCAUAUCAAAGCUACAUAUAACAACACUCACAUCCAAGUUGUUUCACCUCAGAACGUCCCUCUGGCCCUGUCUACCUGUGGCACCGAAGGGUUCAAGAACGCUAAGAAGGCUACAGCCAUUGCAGCUCAGACUACUGGAAUUUCAGCAGCAGCUAAAGCCUGUGCAAAGAGUGUAUCACAUGUUCGAGUUGUGGUGAAAGGCCUAGGACCUGGACGAAUGGCUGCUAUCAAAGGACUCACCAUGGGUGGUUUGGAGGUGAUCUCCAUCACAGACAACACCCCAAUUCCACACAAUGGCUGCCGACCUCGGAAAGUACGAAGGCUGUGAGAGAUGGGGUUGAGAAGGACUCUUCAAUAUUUAUGGGCGUCUGGUUCUCAGGUGGCUUCUGUAGCCGUCUUGAGAUGGCAAGGCUAUUCCUCCAUUCUUCCUGCACCUACCAAAAUGUGGACAGCCUUGGGUUUUGCCACUAUGACUACAAGCAAUGAAUGCAAUACAAUUUUAUUUUUUACUUGUUGCACAAGAAAUGUCUAUAAAGUCUGUAUGUUAAAUUA